UGCAGAUAGGUGAGCAAAAAGCUAAGACAUUAAGCUAUUGAAAGCUGAAGAAAAUUGAUUUGGAAAUUCUUGUGAAUCUUGUUGGUGACAAGGAAUGAUAUUUAAAAUCUCACAUGGUGCCAAAAUCUUGGGAUCUUAGAGAAUUUUCUUUUCUGUACACCCUUCAUCCAAAGUUGAAUAUCUCUAUCUCACCAUGACUCCGGAUUGAAUAAGAUUGAUGGUGUUGAAAUCUUAUCGUUCAUAUCUAGAUCGGGUUAUUCUCGACAUUGUUUGAGAGAUUGAAAAUGCAAGCCGUACUGGAUAAAAUUGUAGAAGCAAUAGUUGAGCCAGUGAUCCAGUUAGUGGUGGUCCAUGUUGGUUUUCUUUUUCAGUGCAAGAAGAAGCUGAGGAACCUGGAAGAUGAAAUUGAAAAGCUUCAAAGGCAGAAAACAAAAAUCGAAGAUGAAGUUGGUGAAGCCAUUACUCAUGGUGAAGAAGUUAAUAAAGAUGUUGCAAAAUGGCUAGAGGACGUGGAAAAAAUAGUUCAGAAAAUUAAGGAUGACAAUACUAUGAACGAAAACAGGCAGUGCUUUAAAUUCUCAUGUCCAGAUUACAUCUCGCGCUACCGAAUGAGCAAGGAAGCUGAAAACAAGAUUGAAGAAGUAAAAAUUCUCACUCAGAGUGGCAAUUUUAGCCCAGAUGUACAUAGUAAGAAAAACGAAAAAGAAAAACAUAAAAAAAAGAAGAAAAAAAAAAGAAAAAAAAGCAAAAGUGGAUUGAAAAUAUGUACCCCACAAGCCGUACCAGAUACAAUUGUAGGUAAAAUAGUUGAGCCAGUGAUCCAGUUAGUGGUGGUCCAUGUUGGUUUUCUUUUUCAGUACAAUAAGAAGCUGAGGAACCUGGAAGAUGAAAUUGAAAAGCUUGAAAGGCAGAAAACAAAAAUCGAAGAAGAAGUUGGUGAAGACACUACUGUAGCUGUUUCAGAAUGGCUAGCGGAGGUGGAAAAAAUAGUUCAGAAAAUUAAGGAUGACAAUACUAUGAACGAAAACAGGCAGUGCUUUAAAUUCUCAUGUCCAGAUUACAUCUCGCGCUACCGAAUGAGCAAGGAUGCCGAAAAGAAGAUGGAAGAAGUAAAAAUCCUCAUUCAGGAUGGCAAUUUUAGCAAAGUUGCAAAUCCUAAGCCAUUUGCUCAGGAACUUCAAUUCCCAUCAUCAAGUGCAAACUAUGCAAAUUUUGAGUCGCGAAAAUCGGUUUUCAAGAACAUCAUGGCUGCGUUACAAGAUUCCAAUGUUAAAAUGAUUGGAGUAUAUGGAACAGGAGGCGUUGGUAAGACGACAAUGGUUGAAGAGAUUGGCAAACAAGUGAAAAAUGGACUUUUUGAUGAAGUCGUGGAGGCAGUUGUCUCUCAGGACGCAAAUGUGAGCAAUAUUCAAGGGCAACUCGCUGAUCGCUUGAAUCUGGAACUAAAAGGGGAAACUGAAGUGGGAAAAGCAAACAAAUUAUGGAAUAGAUUGAACAAUGGGAAGAAAAAUCUCAUUAUAUUGGAUGAUAUGUGGCAAGAAUUGAACUUGAAGACAAUAGGGAUUCCUGUCACUGAUGGAAACAAUUGUUGCAAAGUUGUGAUAACGUCUCGAAUCCUAAGUGUGUUGGAAAAGAUGCAUGUUGAUAGAUAUGUUCCAAUGCGAGUAUUAUUAGAGAAAGAAGCAUGGGCCCUAUUCAAGACGAAGGUGGGAAAUUUUGUCGAUUCUCCUGAACUCCAUGAUAUAGCUGAUGCAAUCUGUAAAGAGUGUGGAGGCUUGCCAGUCGCUCUACUUGUAGUUGGAGCUGCAUUGAAAGAUAAGAAAAAAUAUGUCUGGGAAGAUGUACUUGAUCAAUUCAAAGAUUCCAUGCUAAAGAAUAUUGCGGGAAUUGACGCAAAGGUGUAUGCUUCCUUAAAGUUAAGCUAUGAUCGGUUAGAAUCUAGUGAUGCAAAAUCAUGCUUCUUGCUAUGUUGUUUCUUUCCUGAAGAUGCUAAUAUUUCAAUUGAAGUGUUGGCGAGACACUGCAUAGCGAGAUGUUUGCUUGGACAAAACGCAAAUACACUAAUAAGAGCAAGCCGUCGAGUACUUACAGUGGUCGAUAUCCUCAAAGAUGCUUGUUUGUUAUUAGAAGGCAAAGAUGAAAACUUUGUCAAAAUGCAUGAUGUCAUUCGAGAUGUUGCUCUUUCAAUUGCGAAAGAUGAUGGUAAGGAAAUUCUGGUAAAAUAUGGUGUCAAAGAGUGGCCCGAGAAAGAUACAUGCGAAUCUUACUCAGCAAUCUCAUUAAGGUUCGACAACACUCUUGAGCUUCCAGAUGAUUUGGUAUGUCCACAACUCCACACCUUGACCAUGAAAUUGAAAUGGAAUAUCAAUCCUUUGCUUAAUGUUCCAGAUAGGUUUUUCAGUGGAAUGGAGAAACUUACAAUUUUAGAAUUGAAUAGAAUCUGUAUGUUGCCUCCAUUAUCUCUUGCAAAUUUGGUUAACCUUCGGAUGUUAUGGUUAGAUGAUUGUGAGUUGGGAGACAUAGCUAUACUCAAGGAUCUAAAUAAUAACCUUGAAAUACUUAGCCUUCGAGGUUCUAAUAUCAAGGAUUUGCCAUCUGAGAUAGGACAAUUGACUCGUCUUCGGUUGUUAGAUGUGCAAAAAUGUAAAAAGCUCACACAGAUUCCACAAGGUGUCAUAUCCAAUUUGUCUCGCCUGGAAGAAUUUUACAUUUUAGAUGAUGUGUAUACGGGUAGGGAGGAAAGUGCCAAAGUGAAUCUUGAUGAGUUGGGGAAAUUGACGCAAUUAACCACUUUAGAGAUUCACAUACCAAAUGUCAUGCUAUUGCCCAAGGACUUCUGCUUUGAAAACUUGAUCAGAUUUAACAUAUCAAUUGGUAUUUCCUUCAUUGGUAGGCGUAGUUCUGACACUUAUUCAAAGUCGUGUAAACUUGUGGGUGUCUCCUUAAUGGACAAGUUUAUCGUUUUGUUGCGGAGAGCUGAAAAGCUAUAUUUGGAAAAUAUUGAAGGUUUACAAGUGGUGCUGCAUGACAGAAGCGGAGAGGGGUCUUUGAUGGAACGUCAUCGACUAAAUCCAUCAGGUUUCUUCAAUAAUUUAAUUGAAUUAACAAUUGAAGAUUGUAGGUUGAAAUAUCUCUUCUCCCUGUCCUGUGCAAGAGGAUUUCCACGACUCCGGAGUCUAGAAAUAUUAGAUUGUGAGCUGAUGGAAGCAAUAGUUGGAAUUGAAGAAGAAAAAGAUGAAGAUGUACUCUCAAGUCAGGUAAUUAAUUUCAGUCAGUUGGAAUAUUUGCGUCUCUGGAAUCUACCCAAGCUCAUAAGCUUCUACCCCAAAGUGGAGAAGAUGUCAACAUCUGAAGGAAAUUCUUCUACCCAGGCACAAUUUUUGUUUAAUGAAAAGGUUACAUUCCCUGCCUUGGAGAGAUUGGAUAUUGAUAGACUAACAAUGAUAACAGAGAUAUGGGAAAGGAAAUUACUUCCAUCAGAGUCUUUUCGACAAUUGAGAAACGUGACCAUCCGGAGCUGUGAGAAACUGGUGAAUGUCGGUUUGUCCAAUAUGCCCCGACAAUUACCAAAUCUAGAACAACUUAAGGUUAGUCAUUGUGAGGAGCUGAAAGUAAUAGUAUUGAAGAAUGAGGGGGAAGAAGAAGAAAAAGCAGAAAAUAACAAUAAUACCAACUCGUUCCUUCAACUAACGAGUUUGACACUUAAAGAGUUGCAGAGCCUCAAAAGCUUUUUCACCUCUAGAUCAGAAACACAAUCCCUCUUCACUAGCCAGGUUACAUUCCCUGCCUUGGAGAGAUUGGAUAUUGAUGGACUGACAAUGAUAACAGAGAUAUGGGAUAGGAAAUUACUUCCAUUAGAGUCUUUUCGACAAUUGAGAAACGUGACCAUCCGGAGCUGUAAGAAACUGGUGAAUGUCGGUUCGUCCAAUAUGCCCCGACAAUUACCAAAACUAGAACAACUUGAGGUUAGUCAUUGUGAGGAGCUGAAAGUAAUAGUAUUGAAGAAUGAGGGGGAAGAAGAAGAAAAAGCAGAAAACAACAAUAAUACCAACUCGUUCCUUCAACUAACGAGUUUGGCACUUAUAGCUUUGCAGAGCCUCAAAAGCUUUUUCACCUCUAGAUCAGAAACACAAUCCCUCUUCACUAGCCAGGUUACAUUCCCUGCCUUGGAGAGAUUGGUUAUUGAUAGACUAACAAUGAUAUCAGAGAUAUGGGAUAGGAAAUUACUUCCAUCAGCGUCUUUUCGACAAUUGAGAAACGUGGCCAUCUGCAGCUGUGAGAAACUGGUGAAUGUCGGUUCGUCCAAUAUGCCCCGACAAUUACCAAAUCUAGAACAACUUCAUGUUAGUCAUUGUGAAGAGCUGAAAGUAAUAGUAUUGAAGAAUGAGGGGGAAGAAGAAGAAAAAGCAGAAAACAACAAUAAUACCAACUCGUUCCUUCAACUAACGAGUUUGACACUUGUAGCUUUGCAGAGCCUCAAAAGCUUUUUCACCUCUAGAUCAAAAACACAAUCCCUCUUCACUAGCCAGGUUACAUUCCCUGCCUUGGAGAGAUUGGAUAUUGAUGGACUAACAAUGAUAACAGAGAUAUGGGAUAGGAAAUUACUUCCAUCAGAGUCUUUUCGACAAUUGAGAAACGUGACCAUCCGGAGCUGUGAGAAACUGGUGAAUGUCGGUUCGUCCAAUAUGCCCCGACAAUUACCAAAACUAGAACAACUUGAGGUUAGUCAUUGUGAAGAGCUGAAAGUAGUAGUAUUGAAGAAUGAGGGGGAAGAAGAAGAAAAAGCAGAAAACAACAAUAAUACCAACUCGUUCCUUCAACUAACGAGUUUGACACUUGAAGAUUUGCAGAGCCUCAAAAGCUUUUUCACCUCUAGAUCAGAAACACAAUCCCUCUUCACUAGCCAGGUUGCUUUCCCAGUCUUGAAGUAUUUGGAAAUUCAGAAAUUGCCUACCAUAAUAGAGAUAUGGGACAAGCAAUUACUCAUAGCUUCAGAAAAAGAAUCAAAGUCCUUCUACCAACUGAAAGAUAUGACGGUUUCUGAUUGUAAGAGAUUGGUGCAUGUGGUUCACUUCAAUAUGCUCCCACGACUGCAAAAUCUGAACAUAUUCAGGAUAGAUAAUUGUCCAAAGGUGGAAGCGAUAGUCUCAGAGAAAGAAAAAGAAGAAAGAACCACCAAUAAUGAUAUCAUCGUGUUCUCUCAAUUAACAACUCUUGUUCUUUAUGAUUUGGUGAGCCUUAAAAGUUUCUACAACUGGCCUACAAAAUCUGAAGCACAACCCUUGUUCAACCACCAGGUUUCUUUUCCAAGGUUGGAGACACUAAUUCUCAAUAAUUGUGUAAACUCAAGAGAGAUACAUCCUUGGAAUGUUCAGGCUGGCAAAAUAAGUUUAAAAUUCUUGGACGUAGCGAAUCUGAACUUAUUAAUUGUGAGAAAUUGUAGUGAGGUGGCAGAGGUUUUUCAACUUGAGGGGCUAAAUGUUGGAGAAGGACAACAUGUUAGGCCAUUAAUUGAAGUAAGAAUGAUGGAAUUGGAUGGAUUACCUUCGUUGACAUGUUUGUGGAACAAGGAUCCCCAUGGAAUUCUGGACCUUCAAAUCCUACAAUACCUAACAAUUAAGAAAUGUUCCCUCCUGAGAAAUCUAUUCACAUGUUCCACCGCCAUGGCUCUUCAACAACUUAAAGUACUUUAUUUGGAGUCUUGUCCGGUGAUGGAAGAAGUUAUUGCAGCAACAGAGGAUGGGCUCAAGGAAGUGAUUGAUGAUGUGAUUGAAUUCCCAAAGUUGGAGGAGCUAAUACUGAAAGAUCUACCAAACCUCAACAGUUUCUGUAAUGCAAACUAUAAUUUUAAUUUACCAUCAUUACAGAGAGUUUUUUUGAAGAGGUGCCCGAAGAUGCAUAACUUUUCUUCUGGACAAGUACACAUGUCACAGAUAUUUGUAAGUACACGUGGCAAUGAAGGCCUUCAGAUAAAAGAUCUCAAUAAGUAUUUAGAGGAACGACUUCUGAAAGGAGAGGAAUGUGCAACCGUGGAUUAA